GGCGUCACGGCCCAGCCUGCGUUGCUGCUGCCGGUGCGGUGUUGACCGUAGUGCUCGGGGCGGCCCGAUCUCGGCUCGGACCGGCCCCACCUCGAGCGGGGAGGGGCUGUGGGUUUGUUCGGCUGCGUGGGACCUGUCGUCCCGCCGGGCUCCGGGACGGCCCGGCCUGGCCCUGCCCGCCGGCGAGGUGCCGGGGAGGCGGGAGGGAGGGAGAGCACGGCGGUGUGAAGAGGUGCUCUGGGGGCGGGCGGGAUGAGGCCCAGUGCCAGCCGUCCCGAGCCGUACUUGCGAGUGGAUGCCUCUCGGUUGUCUCCUUAAGGGAAGAUGGGCCAGCAGAUCCCAAAGUUUCCCUUGGUGGGACCUGAGGGAACGGCCUGGAGCUGCGUCGGAGUGGGGGACACACGUUGGAUACUAGGAAAAGUUUCAGCCUUCCAGAGUUUUCAUUCUGAAAAGGUAUGAGGAGGCAUUUCUAAGGCACCAUCUCCACUAGGAGCGAUUUGCAGUUCCUCAAUGGAAAAGGUAUUGAAGGCUGCCACCAGCACUGUGGAAGCAUGGAGACAGAGUAGUUGUGUAUUGAGACCCUCAAGAAAAUACCGGGCAAACUGAUGGAAAUGAAGAGCUUGAACCAUCACUUCAACAUGGCAGCAACUGAAUCUGACAAGGACUCCGGAUACUCAGAUGGCAGUUCAGAGUGCCUAAGUGCUAUGGAGCAGACUGACUCUGAGGACGUCCUGAAUGCAUUGUGUUGGAAUGCAGAGGAUGGGCCUUGGCCUUGCCCCGUGACCACAAGCAGCUCCUUUCCUGCACUUUCUCCUAUGGUGGUAAUGAAAAAUGUUCUAGUAAAGCAGGGGAGUUCAUCCCAGCUCCAGUCUUGGACUGUCCAGCCAUCCUUUGAAGUGAUUCCAGCUCAGCCACAGCUGGUAUUUCUUCACCCAUCAAUCCCACCUCCCAUUAACCCUCACCCUGGUGGGAAAAAGAGAAAUGAUUCCACUAACUACCUGCCCAUCCUGAACUCUUAUCCCAAAAUAGCACCACAGCCCUGCAAAAGAGAUCACUCCUUUGACGUAGAGGAACGUCAGGAAACCAGCUGCCAUAAACGACUCUGCACAGAAGCAUCUAAAAUGGAGACUUCUCCUGUAUCAAGGAGCACAGGUUUGUCUACUAGUCCUUUUGCCCACCUUCCAGUUAGCUUUAAGGCUCCUCAGGAUUCUAACCAGCAAAGUUCUUCAAGUUUGAUGACAACUGGAAAAGUGUCAACUUUUCCUGGUUUCCAUCAUGUUUCUGCUGACACUCCGAAAGUUCCAGGUUUGGCUCCUCUCUUGCCUUUUGGAACUCUACAGACAGCAAAGUGCACUCCUCGUGAGAAUGAGAGUGCAGCACAAACUACAGUGCAGUCUGCAGUUUGGAGCCUGCCGUUGAUACCAGAAGAGACUUGCACUACCCCUGAGCUGCUUUUGCAACAGCAAAGUAAGUGCAGACGCUUUCAGAAUACGCUUGUUGUGCUACGCAGGUCAGGGUUGCUGGAGAUCACUUUAAAAACCAAGGAGCUCAUUCAUCAGAACCAGGUGACUCAAGCUGAGCUGGACAGGCUGAAGCACCAAACACAGCUUUUCAUAGAGGCAAUAAAGAACAAUGCUCCACAGUCAUGGGCAGAGCUAGAAGCGUCUCUAACAGGUUCAGAUAAAGCUAAUAGCAACCUUGAAGACUCCACUUAUCCAAACAUGUAGUAAAGUGGUACAGAGCUGUUAAGUUAUUCCUGUGCCUCCUAUUUCCCAUCUCAAGCUUUUACUUGAACGUUCUCUGAGUCCAAGACCUGCAAGGUGGCAUGCCAUUUACAACUUGUCUUCACAGCCAGUCAUGGGACUGGAACAGCACAGUGGGAUCUUGACAAGAUGAGUACUCAGUACUCCAGUGUGACCUUGAACUCCAUGCUAACUGUGUUUUCUUGGACUUCAGAAGCUUGGAUGUGCUCUGCUGGCAUGUUCCCAUUCUUGCUGUGAGAAGACAGUCAUUUGCAGAAUUCUGCAAGCAAGUCUCUUCCUAUUCCCAUCUUCAGAUAGUCAGUUCUGAGAGUGGCACAGCAAAACAGUCCCCAGUAUUGGGCUAUCACCAGUUGAAAGUUGAUGAAGAGAGAUGGUGUGAAGAUAAGAAGCUUAGUUUGGCAGGGUGGUAUCAGACUGUUGCUGACUGUUGACAGAGAGUCUUGCUUUUGGGGUUAUAAUUGUUUUGAAUUAGUGGAGAUCUGCUUGUGGUGAAGCAGCAUUCUGUAUUUAUUGCAAUCUUUGACCAAAGUGACAAGAGUCAUAGGAGCCUGGUGACUUGAUUUUGAGGGGUAUCCGUUGGAUUUUUAUCUGUAAAGAUAAGCAAAUGAGAAUUGCAAGGCUUGCACUGGAAGUGUUUGUUUCAAAGCUGUACUUAUUUGCACUACCCAUUAGUGACAAAAAAGUGUACAAGGCAAGUGGCUUUGGAUUUUCUUGGUGGAAUGCAGAAGCAUUUUUAAACAUGGUGCAGGGAAGAUGCUUGUUCACCAGGGUUAAUUUGACAAGACUAGUUAAAUGUUAUUUUAUCUGUAUAUCUUUAGCUUAUAAGACUAAACUCUUUUUGCUGUGAAAUUGUUCCAGUCUCGUUCAACAUCUUCAUCAGUGACCUUGAUGAGGAGAUAGUGUCCACCCUCAGCAAGUUUGCUGAUGAUAUGAAGCUGGGAGGAAUGACUGACACACCGGAAGGAUGUGCUGCCAUUCAGCGAGACCUGGACAGGCUGGAGAGUUGGGCAGAGAGGAACCAGAUGAGGUUUAACAAAAGCAAGUGUAGAGUCUUGCACCUAGGGAUGAAUAACCGCAUGCACCAGUACAGG